UCACUAGUCGGAUUAGAUAAAUUAUUCUGGUUUUAGAUAGUUCUUAGGUGGUCUAAAAAAUACUAAAAUGUGAUCGUAAAUAUUUUUAUUAUGUUUAGUAGAAGAGACACCUUUUCCAUGUAAACUUAACUGUUCUCAGCCCUUCAGUGAAUCUCCAGACCUAUUUGCUCAGGAGCUCAGCCUGGCCUUACUUCCGCGAUAAAAGGAGGAAAGGCUGGCUACAGCAAACAUCAUUCAAGAUGUCCAGCAAAGGGAGCAGCACAGAUGGGAAAACAGACUUAGCUAAUGGAAGCCUGUCCAGCAGUCCGGAGGAGAUGUCUGGAGCUGAAGAGGGGAGGGAGACAUCCUCAGGCAUUGAAGUGGAGGCCUCAGACCUAAGUUUGAGCUUGACUGGGGAUGAUGGUGGCCCUAAUCGCACCAGCACAGAAAGUCGAGGUACAGACACAGAGAGCUCAGGUGAAGACAAGGACUCUGACAGCAUGGAGGACACUGGGCAUUACUCCAUCAAUGAUGAGAACCGAGUGCAUGACCGCUCAGAGGAAGACGACGAGGAAGAGCAACCUCGGCGCCGUGUACAGCGCAAGCGGGCCAACCGUGACCAGGACUCAUCAGAUGAUGAGCGGGCCCUGGAAGACUGGGUGUCUUCAGAGACAACAGCCCUUCCCAGACCUCGCUGGCAAGCCCUUCCUGCUCUUCGGGAGCGGGAGCUGGGUUCAAGUGCCCGCUUUGUAUAUGAGGCCUGUGGGGCAAGAGUGUUUGUGCAGCGUUUCCGCCUGCAGCAUGGACUUGAGGGCCAUACCGGUUGUGUAAAUACCCUGCACUUUAAUCAACGCGGCACCUGGCUGGCGAGUGGCAGUGAUGACCUGAAGGUGGUGGUAUGGGAUUGGGUACGGCGACAGCCGGUUCUGGACUUUGAGAGUGGCCACAAAAGCAAUGUCUUCCAGGCCAAGUUCCUGCCCAACAGUGGUGAUUCCACCCUGGCCAUGUGUGCCCGUGAUGGGCAGGUUCGGGUAGCAGAACUGUCUGCCACACAAUGCUGCAAGAACACAAAGCGUGUAGCCCAGCACAAGGGAGCAUCCCACAAGUUGGCCCUGGAACCAGACUCUCCCUGUACGUUCCUGUCUGCAGGUGAAGAUGCAGUUGUCUUCACCAUUGACCUGAGACAAGACCGGCCAGCUUCGAAACUGGUGGUGACAAAGGAGAAAGAGAAGAAAGUGGGGCUCUAUACAAUCUAUGUGAAUCCUGCCAAUACCCACCAGUUUGCAGUGGGUGGACGAGAUCAGUUUGUAAGGAUUUAUGACCAGAGGAAAAUUGAUGAAAAUGAAAACAAUGGAGUACUCAAGAAAUUCUGUCCUCAUCACCUGGUGAACAGUGAGUCCAAAGCAAACAUCACCUGUCUUGUGUACAGCCACGACGGCACAGAACUCCUGGCCAGUUACAAUGAUGAAGACAUUUACCUCUUCAACUCCUCUCACAGUGAUGGGGCUCAGUAUAUUAAGAGAUAUAAGGGCCACAGAAAUAAUGCCACAGUAAAAGGUGUCAAUUUCUAUGGCCCCAAGAGUGAGUUUGUGGUGAGCGGUAGUGACUGCGGGCACAUCUUCCUCUGGGAGAAAUCAUCCUGCCAGAUCGUUCAGUUCAUGGAGGGGGACAAGGGAGGCGUGGAAGAGUCCAUCUGCAGUGAACAGACCCAAAACACUGGAGUCUUAAUGAGAAUUCUGCAGUAGGCAGGUAAUCAGAAGGAAGUCAAAAGGGUCCAGUGAAUCCUUUCUUGAUCAUAAACUAUUGUCUUGCAUUCUGUUCCAGAGAGAUGCAGGGCUGAAUGCCCUCUCCCAGGCCAGCACUUGUCCGUUCUUCAAAAGCACUCUGCAGGCCAGUUUGCUUUCAGCUCAGCCAAUACCAGGGUUUGAUGAUUAAUCCAGGUGCUCAGGGUGGGGAGGGCAUCUACUUGGGAUGGGUGGGUCCCAGGCCUGAGUUUUAGUGGUCCUAUGAAUGAGAGACUAGAACAAGAGAUAAGUGAUUUUUCUUACUUGUUCUUGCCUCUGUGUGAGCUGAAAGAUCCAUGUGGUGCUCAUCUGGCUCCCGGUUGUUUUUGUCCUAAUCUUCCACACUGGAGGUCCCCAGGCACCAGCCUCAGUGUAGCCUAUGCAGCGGUUCUGUAUCAUAGAGUGUUAGAACCAGAAGGAAUCUCAGCAGUUAUGUCCACCUGGCCCAGGUCUCCUGACUCUUACUGCGGGGUCUGUCCUUUGUUCCCAUUCAGCUUCACAGGGACAAGGGUGGGGGAUGACGUCAAAGGACAACUCCUUAUUCUCCCAAGAGUACUUUGAUACUUCAUCCCAUUCCCUACAUUCCUCCAGCCCCAGUCAUCUAAGGCCAGAGCUCUUUUCUCUGCUCAGGCAUUAUUGACAGGAUAAGUCCUGGCAUUCAGACAGGUCUGGUGAAGUGACCAGGUACCCUGGCCCAGAAGUUCUCUGUCGGCUUCCCCUGCAGGCUCCAACUCAGGUACUGUAUGUAAUUUAUUCUCUUGUUCCUGUUGCCAUUGGCUUUGUCUUUAGUCUUAAAUCCUAAGGAAUUGUUCCCCUAUAUUUUGCUAACUUGUUCACGCAGAGCUAGCUCAGAGUACAGGUCUAUAGCAAGGGCUUAUCAGGAGAUGGAUGAAUAUGUUCAGGGCUUUUUGUGUAUGUUGUCAUGUAUCUUUUGAUAAUAUUUUCAGGCAACGGAGUUUCUUUCUACUGCCUCGUCACGCUCCAAAAGCACUGCCUAAAAAGCCCAAAUGCAAUGAGCUUUGCAAUGAGCUGAAAUAGAAAUUGGGGAAGAAGUAAAAGAAUGGGAUUUCAACUUUAUUCUUGGGCUUAGACUUAGAUUCAGUCUUUGCUGACCUUUGUUUGUUCAUUUGUAAAAUAAAAAUCAAAGAAGUUUACAGGUCUGUAGGUCAGCUUUAUUUUUCAUGCCUGCCCCCUUGCAUCUCAGAAGCUACUCUCUGUGUGUAUAUGGGUAAGGCAGAGGAGGUUGGUUCAGAGAGAACCAAAGGAAGCUUCUUGUUAGGGGUUGUUUUCUUGAACUACAGGGCAGCUGUAAGGCAGAGUGCCUUUCCUAUCUUCCUCAUCUGGCUAAAAGCCGAAAAUACUUUAGCAGCUAGAUUGGGACUAGAUCUUCUCGUGGGGAUAGGAAUUGCCCUGCCCUAUUGGAGAAGCUCAUGUUUCCAAGUCAGACAGCAGGGGGCAUGUGUGCUUUCAGACGUGAGGAAGUUGCUUAAGCCAGAAGGCCUGCCUGCAAUAGCUCUUUCUCCUAUUGAGGGAAUGUAAUCAGAAGAUAGCUGAAACUGAUGCUGUGAGGGCGGCCAGGAAGCCCCCUUGGUAUAUUAUGCUGCCCUAUAGCUGAGAUAUAUAUUGUGCUUUGAGAGCAGGUCACAAAAUGCUGUCCUCUGCGACGUGCAGGUUUUUCAAGCAAACAUGAGCCUUCAUCAAUGCCUUAACCCACAAGCUCAGCCUCCUCUUACCAACCUGUGCCUUCCUGCAGUCCUAACAAACAGUGCCAAGUGAAUGUAAUUGUUGUCUGACUCUGUUCUGGGGGCUCAGUGGCAGCUGCUGCUUUCUUCAUUUUUAAAAAUGUAUUUGCCACUCAGUGAAAGCCACUGAGAUGGGUUUUUUUUUCCAGCGUUGGGCAAGUUGGAGCUUUGGAAUCUGGAGAUAGUGAGGUCAUCUAGACUUCAUUGCCUUCUUGUGAAGCUAGCAGUAAACUUUGGCCAGUCACUCACCUAUAUCUAGGCCUGUGUCUGGGGAUAAAGCCAUCCUAACCUAUACAUAGGAAAUGAUAGAAGGGCCUGAUCUACUCAGCCUGUGUGCAGUAUUUCCUCUGUCCACAGGGCCAUUUGGCCCAGGCUUAGGACCAGUGGGCCUGCCUUUACAGCAGCUGCCUCAGCCCUGAUCAAGGGCAAUUGUUUGACUCAAGGUGAGUAGUGAUUGUAAAGCUCUAUUCCCACACACCCCUGACCCUUUUCUUUCUUUUCUUCUGACUAGGUAAACUGUCUUGAGCCCCACCCUCACCUUCCUGUGCUGGCUACUAGUGGCCUAGAUCAUGAUGUGAAGAUCUGGGCACCCACCGCUGAAGCCU